ACUCCCAGCGCGCCCAGGGCGGCGGCCAGGGCGCCCCCGCCGAGGACCGCGUCUCCAACUCCCAGGGCAGCCAGUUCCACGCCGCCUCCUGCCAGACGCAGCCCGGACAGAGCCAGAGCGGCCCCGGCCAGAGCAACCCGCAGUCCCGGCCGUCGCAGGGCAACCAGGCGGGGGCCUCGUCGGGGGAGUGCGAGACCUGCGGACGGAGGGAUUUGGGGAAUCCUCACCGUUUAGCACAUGGCGAUGACAAACCUUUCAAUUGCUCGUCCUGCAGUAAGGGUUUCGUAUGGAAGUCAGACUUUACAAAGCACCAAAUGAUGCAUUCAGGAGAGAAGCCGUUUAAAUGCGACCUCUGCACCAAGGGAUUCAUCUCCAAGUCUGACCUCUCCAAGCAUCAGAUGAUCCAUGUCGGCGAGAAGCCGUUCAAAUGUCAUCUGUGCGGCAAAGGAUUUGUUUGGAAGUCGGACCUCACGAAGCACCUUAUGGUGCACACGGGUGAGAAACCCUUCAAAUGUGAUCUCUGUCCCAAAAAGUUUGCCCGCAAGGACAAGCUCAAGUACCACGUCUUAACUCACAGUGAACACAAACCUUUCGCAUGUGAGGUCUGCAGUAAGGGUUUUGUAUCUAAGUCGGACUUUCAAAGACAUCUCAUUGUUCACUCUGGUGAAAAACCCUUCAGAUGUGACCUCUGCAGCAAAGGGUUUAUUACAAAAUCUGACCUCACUAAGCACCUCAUGAUUCACAUUGCUGAGAAGCCAUACAAGUGUCAACUAUGUGGUAAAGGCUUUGUUUGGAAGUCAGAUCUAACCAAACAUCUGAUGAUACAUACAGGAGAGAAACCUUUCAAGUGUGAAAUGUGUAGUAAAGCAUUUGCCCGAAAGGAUAAGCUUAAAUGUCAUCUCUUAAUACAUAGUGAGCAGAAACCUUUUGUUUGUGAGGUCUGUGGAAAGGCCUUUGUAUCAAAGGACAGCUAUAGACGUCACGUCAUGAUUCACUAUGGAGAUCAACCAGUCGAAUGGAGAGUAUGUAGUGCAAGAAUUGCCUAGCAAAAGUCGAGGGACAAUGAUGCUCCAUUAAUGUGUCGUGACCCUCACAAUUCCAUUUCUCCCCUUGGAGGAGAGCAUUUCCUUGCACACUUGUAAGAAACUGUUCGGUGUUCACAUGCUAUUCAGAUUGUGCUGAGGCACUGCUGGACUGUAAGUGAGUGUCUAGAGGGUGCCCAAAUUUCAAAACCAAUUAUUGCCUGUUUCCAAUCUGAACUAGAUUUUCUCUUGGAAUUUUAAAGACGCAGUCUCUUCUAGAGAUUGCAGUUUCUUUUGAUUUUUUUGUCCAAGAACUAAAUCAGAUUUAUACUGGGUGAAAAUAAAGUUUGAAUUCCAGCAAUCAUGGGCAUUUGUGAUAUGGAGUAUCAUUGCUUCCUUUUAACUAGGGAAAGAAGCUGAAUUUACCAGAAUCUGAUGAUUUCUCAAAUAACAGUAAUUAGAUUCUUAAACGUUUCCGUUUCUAUCUCCUACCUGAUUAAUGUAAGCCAAUUUCGUCACUACAUUGUAAAUAAACUAAGUUAAGUAUAGACAUUGGUUCAUACAGCUGUGAUUCGAUCCUAGCGAAUUGCAAUUGUUUGCACUUUGGUACUUUUUCAUAAGUUGUAAAGUAAAAGCAUUUGACCGAACAUAAUUGUAUGCUUGUCUAUGAGGGAUCUAUAAGCAAUUUCUGUGUGAUAUUAUACAACCCUCCAAGUGGUAUGUUAAGGUUUUGUAUAUUUGAUUUGUCAUUCUACCAGUACUGCAAUAUACAAAGAAAUGCAAGUCAUGUUUGUAAUCUAGUUGCAUGAGCUCAUGGUUAACUUUAUGGUAAAAUCAUAGAGUAUAGUUUAUUUUAAAAGUUAUCUUUUCCUUCCAAUCACGCCACACAAGGUAGAUCUUUUACCAACCUAUAAUUGUUAUGUGGAGGGGAAAUGAACCAACAAAGCAAUUUUAAGGCUACACAUAGUAUAAGUGCUGAGGAAUAAAUUUUGUUUUGUUUUUUUUUUGUAUAAGGAUCAAUUUUUUAUGUGAGUACAUUGUGGUGAACAAAUAUUCGUUUUGCUAAAUUUUAUUAGCAUGUUGAGACCAAAUUUAUACCCUCCUUUGCUUGUUUGUUCACACCUCGAGAAUUUCCCCCUCCUGGAUUUUUGCCAUAACACCAAUUGUAUGAUUGUUAAUUAAUUAGAGUCUGUGUGAAAUUGUGUAAGAGAUAUUACAAUUUAUAGGAAAUUGUGUAUUUUAAAUGAGUAUGUUAUACUAAUUACUCUGUUAAAAGUGUCAUGUGAUGUACUUAGCAAUGUUAUUUGUAUUGAGUUAUUGUUUGAUAUUCUAUCAAAAAAAUUGAAGGAGGCAACAAGCAUUUAUGGAUUGUUUUUUUUUUUCCUGCAAAAAACGAAGUGUAUUUAGUUCAUGUGACACAGAUGAUAUUGAAUAAAAAAAUUGAGACAUUGGAA